AUGUAUGCCCCGAUUUGCGGCCACUAUGCUUGUGCAUGUGCAACCUCUGCGCGCUGGAGGUGCCUGCGGAGACUCCGAGCAGUCUUGGGAGGAGGCGGACCUGAGAGCAGGGUCGGGGAUCACGGGUGUGCGAGCCGGCCCCUUUGGGACGCUGGGCGCUGCAGGAGGUCCCCGCGCCCCGCCCGCCACCUCGCCGGCCCUGCGCAAUUCCCCGCGAGCGGCACCAGCCAGCCUGCGAGCCCGCCCGGGGGAGGGGCGGAGCCCGGGCCGGGGUGGCUGAACCCACCCGGCGGCGUCGCCCCCGCGACUCCGCAACUGAAGCACAUUUGCUGGAGCAAGGGAGCGCGCACGGAGCGCGGGACGGAGCGCUGGGCGGACGGACCGACAGACGGACGCCCCCGCACACGCAGACGCACAGAGCUCGGCGCGGCCCCGCCACACACACGCGCGCACACACACGCACACACUCGCGCAGACACACACAGGGGCACACGCAGGCACACGCAGACUCGCGCGCGCACAUCCUCCCGCCAGCCUGCCAGCCCGUUCGCCGGCGCCCGGAGCCCGCUCCGCCCGGGUUUUGUCUCAAUCCCAGCUCAACAGCAGCAUCUCAGUUUUUCAUCCUGCUUCAAGAGUGAGAGAGAGAACCACACUGCUGAUGACUCCGAGGGAGGGACCCUGGACAUGUGCUGCAGUGAGAGGCUGCCGGGUCUCCCCCAGCCGGUAGUGAUGGAGGCGCUGGACAAGGCCAAAGGGCUAUCGGACUCUCAGAGAGAGAUGCCACCGCCCCCACCUCCUUCACCGCCCUCAGAGCCAGCUCAGAAGCCACCACCUCAAGGCGCCAGGAGCCACUCCCUCCCUGUCAGGAGCAGCCUGUGCCUCUUGGCUGCCUCUCAGUUUCUGCUUGCCUUCGGGGUGCUCUGGUACAGCGGCUAUGGCCCCAGCUGGUCGCAGAAUGCCACAGACCUCGUCUCCUCCUUGCUUACACUCCCCACACAGCUUGGACCCAUGGCCUGGCUGGGCGUGGGAUCCUGGGAAGUCUGCCAGCUGCUGCUGGUCUCUCUGACAGUAGUCCUCGUUACCACCUUGGUGUGGCACCUGCUGCGGGCUUCCCCAGAGCCACCCACCCCACUGCCCCCUGAGGACAGGCGCCAGUCGGUGAGCCGUCAGCCCUCCUUCACCUACUCAGAAUGGAUGGAGGAGAAGGUCGAGGAUGACUUCCUGGACCUGGACCCGGUCCCCGAGACUCCUGUGUUUGACUGCGUGAUGGACAUCAAGCCUGAGGCAGACCCUGCCUCGCUGACUGUCAAAGCCAUGGGUCUACAGGAGAGGAGGGGCUCCAACGUCUCCCUGACCCUGGACAUGUGCACCCCCGGCUGCAACGAGGAGGUCUUUGGCUAUCUCAUGUCCCCACGGGAGGAGUCGGCCCGCGAGUAUCUGCUCAGCGCCUCCCGCGUCCUCCAGGCUGAGGAGCUUCACGAGAAGGCGCUGGACCCCUUCCUGCUGCAGGCAGAAUUCUUCGAAAUCCCCAUGAACUUUGUGGAUCCGAAAGAAUAUGACAUCCCUGGGCUGGUGCGGAAGAACCGAUACAAAACCAUCCUCCCCAACCCUCACAGCAGAGUGUGUCUGACCUCACCAGACCCUGACGACCCUCUGAGUUCCUACAUCAACGCCAACUACAUCCGGGGCUAUGGUGGGGAGGAAAAGGUGUACAUCGCCACUCAGGGACCCAUCGUGAGCACAGUCGGCGACUUCUGGCGCAUGGUGUGGCAGGAGCGCACACCCAUCAUCGUCAUGAUCACCAACAUCGAAGAGAUGAAUGAGGUAGGCCCUCUGGUACCCCACCUGGCGGUGUCUGCUGCUCAGUAGCCUCCACUGAGCAUCUGAUUUUCAUGUUAAUCUCUGGGGCAACUUUGGGAGGCUGGGAACAUCCUCUCCACCGCCAAGGUGAGGCUCAGGCUGCUCAGCUCACUUAGCGGGACCGAAGAGCGAGGCCUGAAGCAUUACUGGUUCACAUCCUGGCCGGACCAGAAGACCCCAGACCGGGCCCCCCCACUCCUGCAUCUGGUGCGGGAGGUGGAGGAGGCAGCGCAGCAGGAGGGACCCCGCUGUGCCCCCAUCGUUGUCCACUGCAGUGCAGGGAUUGGGAGGACAGGCUGCUUCAUUGCCACCAGCAUCUGCUGCCAGCAGCUGCAGCACGAGGGCAUCGUGGACAUCCUGAAGACCACGUGCCAGCUCCGCCAGGACAGGGGUGGCAUGAUCCAGACCUGCGAGCAGUAUCAGUUUGUACACCAUGUCAUGAGCCUCUACGAGAAGCAGCUGUCCCGCCGGUCCCCGGAGUGACCAUGGUCCUGCCCCCAGGUCCACUGGGCAGCCCCCAGCUGGGCCACCACAGCAGGAGCCGGGGGCCACCAUUCCUGACCCUGGCUCCAUCCCAGCCUGCACCCUAUCCCCACCCCAUCUGCUUCCUUCUCUCCAGCCAGCUCCCUCCCUCCUCUGUCAGCCUUGGCCUGGCCUCCUCCCCCACCCCAACAUAGCUCUUCCUACUGUAUAUACUGGGGAGUGGGACAGGGUGGGGGGAGGAUGGGCCAGGCCUGGCCUGGGGCCCCGGGGCCUGACCCGCGUCACGCAGUCCUGGGGCCUCAGUUUUUAAUGAUGGUUCUGUUGCUACUUGAUCCAAACAUUUCUGUGCCGCACCCCAAGUGUCCUGCCGCAGCGUGUUCUGUCUGUCUGUCCACCCAUCUCUGCUGUCUGUACCGGACACUGUGUCUCCUCAGCCCAGGAAAGGGAUAAUGCGCUCCAGCCCCUAAGUCCCCCAGGCGGAGGUGCUGGUCUCAGCCCCCACCCCACUUCUCCCAGCAGGCAGAUUGCAUUUCCCCCCAGUCAUCCAAGCCAGGGUGGCAGGUGGGUCUGAAAACCCAGGGUCAAGAUGGGGGAGCUCCUGAGUGUUGGCAGAGAGAACUCAACCUGGGGAGCAUUUCUGGGGGCGCGAGACAGCAUGACUGGAGUAUGGUAGCCAGGGUGACCUGGGGGUGCAGAGCUCCUCCGGAGGGAGGGGCCAGCCUGGGAGGCACUGGGGAGGAAGGGGGCAGAUGGAGCGAUGAAGCCAGAGGACCUGGGCCCUGGUGGGAGCGGGAGAAGGGGGCUCCGAGGGAGGUAGGGACUCGGCCCAGAUCUGUGUGAAACAUUUUUCCGUCACCGUGGGAAAAAGCGUCCCGAAGUCCUGCUGCGUGUAGCUCGCUGUUCCUGUGUCCAUGUGUGUGUUGAGAGCCCACGAGCAGGGCGUGCAUGACUCUGGCAACAUGUGUAAUCUUGGAGCCACGUGUUUUUAUUGCUGACUUUAAAUAUUUACUCCACGGCAGACAGACAUUGGGUGUCUUUUUAUAAUUUGCUCGUGGUCAUUGAAUAGAGCAAUAAACAGCAUUUUGAGCAA